AUGUUUCAUCUGUCUCAUCUUUCGCCCAAUCCCACAAUAACAUCCAAAAUAUACUCAUCACAUUACUCGAACCAUUACAUCCCGCACUCUUCGACGUCCACCAUCUCCAUGCCAUUAUCGUCUUCAUUACCCGCUUACUCAUCCUCGCCCCUCUCCUUUUCCAUUCAACAUCCAUCGAGCUCGUCCGGAUAUCUACAAACAAGCUCUCGAUUCUGGGAAUUCUGCAUCGAUGGGUUAGUCACAUACGUACGCUACGGCAAUGUCAACGGAUCAAAGUACAAAGAACGUGCCACACAGAUGCAAGUUCAUGCCACUGUUGAAGAUGCCAAUGCGUUUAUUGAAAAGUUGAUCUCUGAAAAACUGAAGAAUGGAUUCGAGGGCUGGGUUAAUUGGUGA